GUCUCUCACUGUCAUCCCCAUUUGUUUUGGUUGUGUAAAUAUUUGGUAAACAUGGCACGAUUCGGCAACUUGAAUCCUUACGAUUUGCACAAACGUCUCAUCAAUGACUACAUUCUGAAGAAACCGGGAGACACAAAGGUUCUGCAGCGUGACACAUCCAAAGAUCGUACAGAUUACGAUGUAAUUCGUGACAAUCAUCGAUUUCUAUGGGACGAUGAAGACGACGAAACAGAUUCGUGGGAAAAGCAAUUGGCCAAACGCUAUUACGAUAAAUUGUUCAAAGAGUACUGCAUUUGUGAUUUGAGUCGAUACAAGGAUAACAAGGUUGCUAUGCGAUGGCGUGUGGAGAAGGAAGUGGUUACGGGGAAAGGACAAUUCAUUUGUGGAAAUCGAACGUGUUCGGACAAUUCAGGACUUUGAAGCUGGGAAGUAAAUUUUGCCUAUGCCGAACAUGGGACACGGAAGAAUGCUCUCAUCAAACUGGCGUA